AUGCCGCAGUACAGAAACGGCCAGACUGUCCGUUAUAAACCUGUCGGAGGCCCAGAAUCGCACACCUCCGAGAGCGUCGGCACUAUCAAGUCCGUCUUGACCGAGCCUGGAAUUCAAGCUGACCGGCAGGUCCAGGCCAGUGAGGAUCAGCCGCGCUACGAGAUCGAAAACCAAAACACAGGCAGACUGACCACAAUCUAUGAGAAGAAUAUUUUGGGUUCCGCCUGA